UACUAUUAUGAAUAAUAAAAAGCGUAGGAAACCUCAUCAUGUGCGCGUUGUAUCGAGAAUUGAUAACAAACCUCCACAUUUCAAUGCAUCGGUUUAUUUGAAAGCUCAUGAUUUAAAACAAGAUGUUGUACGAGUUAAACAAAUAGAUCGAGAAAAUAUAAAACUAUUGAAGAAGAUAAACAUAAUUCAUCGAUUAGGGGGGCCUGUAGAUUGCUGGGCGCCGGAUUUCAAAUAUAAAUCAAAAUUUGAGGAUCAAGAGCGUAGAAACAAUAUAAUUAUGCGCAAAAAUAAAAUUAUGCUGAAGAAAAUCUGUCAAGCAGAAAGUCAAUAUCCCUCCCGUGCCUUUGUGAAAAAUUGGAAGAGAAUGCAUGAAGCAGUAGAGCACCGUGCAAGAUACAUUUCAAUAAUUAAAAGAUUGUCUACUGUGUUAGAUAUACAAAAACAAUUAGCUGAGAAAAGUCAAACGAGAUGUUUCUUUGAUAUUGGACUUAAAGAAGAAAAUCAGAAAUUAGGACGUAUAGUAUUUGAACUCUAUGACAGUAUUGCACCACGUACAUGUGAGAACUUUGCAGCUUUCUGUCGCGGAGUGAAUGGAUUAUCAUACAAAUACACUCCAUUUCAUCGUAUUGUCUCUGGUUACUGGUGUCAAGGAGGAGAUGUUACAAAGUUUAACGGUACUGGCGGUACUUCCAUAUAUGGUGACUCAUUUGACAAGGAAAGCUCUAAUCUACGUCAUACAGGGCCCGGCAUCUUAUCUACUUACGACAAUGAUGACGGCAAAACAGACUCCAAAUUUAAUCUUACAUUUAAAUAUUUGAGAACUGUAAAUGGGAAUAAAAUUGUUUUCGGCCGAGUAAUAGAUGGAAUGAACAACAUAUAUAAGAUCGAGGGAUUUGGUACGAAGACCGGAAAACCAAUGAAGUCGGUGAUUGUGUUAAAUUGCGGAGUCCUGUCGACGAAACGCCCAUAUGAAACACCAUCCAUGUUACAAAUAUGAACAAACUGCAUUAUCUUCACAUAAAAUUACGCGUAAAAUCAUAAUAUUAAAAUUGUGUAAAAAUAUAAUUUUUUC